ACUGUGUGUUUUCCUCUUCUUUUGUUUCGUGAUCGCCUGUAUUUCAGGCGUAUUUGAUGAGAUUUUCGAGCGAAUACGACCACGAAUAGCCCUUCUAUCGACUCUGCGCCUCUUAUCACCAGAAAGUCUUAAACUCGAGAGUUUAACGACGUCAAAAAAGUGCCUGACGACAGACCGAGUGAACAAGCUUUUGCCAGCCGCUCAAUGACUCACAAGCCACGCCUGAGGCUACUUGUUCCUCUCUGUCUUUGAGGACUCGAGUCAACUGAUAUUUUUUUUUAAAGUUUUUUUUAACUACAUUAACGACGCGAUGCCGGUGAGUAACUCCCCGGAGGCAAACUUCGUGAGUAUCAGGAAAAAGUUGACCAUGGCUUUCAAGAUUGGAGACCUCCUGGCCCAGAUCAGCGGUGGUGAUGAGGGAUCUUCCGUACCCCCCAAACAGGGCCUGGUCCGGUCCAACACGUUACCCAAAAGGAAGGCCGACGAUGAUCCUCGAUCGAGUAUUUCAAAGGCGCCUCGAGUGACCACAUUAUCCAGUACUGUGGCACCACGAACGACACAAUCCCCUACUGCUGUCUCAAGACCCAACCUUCCAUCACGGCCCGCCGAAAGAUCGAUACCCUCACAACGACCCUCGAACCCCUCGAAUGGUAGUAGUAAACCUUCCGUCUUGUCGUCCAAACCCAUGAAUGGGGGUAACAGGGUCUCCAAGCCUGUUGCCCCCAGCAGACCGUCACCUGGUCCUGCCAGCGCACCUUCAGCACCACCGAAGAAGGGGUCUUUCGCUGAGAUUCUUGCUCGGGCUCAGAAGGCCCAGCAAUCAAUGGGACAAGUUGGCAAAAUCCAACACAAGAAGGUUGAAGGUGGUGCGUUGAAGAAGGUCAAAGAUGAACCGCCUGUAAAGGUCGAUCCUCGAGCAGCCAAAAACAUGAAGCAACGUCCAGCAUCUACUCACUCAGGCUACUCCGGUACAGCGAAACCAGGCCAAAGGCCAACUCAACGGAAUGGUGUACCUGUGUCUGGAAACGGAAGGGAUCCGCGCAAUGGAAAACCCCUACCUCCGUCAAAGGCAGAACGUGGCAAGAUGGCCGGCAGCAAGUCAUCAGGUAGAGCCGCACCCCCUGAGGAAGAGACCAAGAAGGUGAAGAAGGCUGCCAUGGCUACGACUGGUUAUACUGGCACAGCCAGACCCAGACCAGGAAGUGACGCCGGCAAGAAGAAGAAGGAAACCCCUCGUGGUGGUGCAUUACUCAGUGCCCCGCGAGCUCCUCGUCCAUCACGUUCAAAGUCACGAUUUGAUGACGAUUAUGACGAGGAUCUGGAUGAUUUUAUUGACUAUGACGAUGAAGAAGACGACGGUGGUCCACGAUAUGAUUAUGCUUCCGAUGGUUCUUCAGAUAUGGAGGCUGGCAUGGAUGAUAUCGACGACGAAGAGCGGCAAGCAGAGCGACUUGCCAAGCUCGAGGAUCUCAAAGAAGAGCGGCUCGAGAAGCAACUCAAAGCCGAGAAAGAGGCUCGUAAGCGACAGGCCUUGGAAGCCUCGCGUGGUCGGCGCUGAUGAUGGAAACAUCUCAACGUCUCCUUGUGCCAUCUGUCUGGUCACUCACCUCAGCUGGGUCUAUGGUGCUUGGAGCUUGCUCCCAUAGCAUCGGACAUUACCAACCUUUACUCACCUUUGGAUACCUGCACCAUUCUUCUUUACUCGAGAUUUCUUCAUACGCAAGCAACGGUCAAGGAGUUUGUUAGCAAGGGGCGUUUCACGAGCUGGACUUUUUCACCACAUCUUCACAACUACACCCUUUUGCACUUUGCUUCCGAUUGUUUUAGGUUCAGGGGCUACAUUAGCGACGGAGUUGUCAUCUUUGCUCCCCAAUUUUAUUUUUCUUUUGUUACGUCUUCAUUUUCAGGGGUGGUUUGCAUGGUUUUGGCAAAGGACACUGGCGAUGCGGAUGGAUUAAAGACAAGAAGGGGAUGAAAUCAUUGGAGCUUUUUUGGCCAGGGAUGGUGAAGUGGAUGUACUGUAGACAGAGAUGGAUAUAUGUAGACAACGUUUCACAAUGAUACCGUUGUCUAGAAGUAAUUGUUAAACCUCACGAUUCCUACGACA